AUGGCACAAAACAACAGUGAGUACUGUGACUACAGAAGCCCACUGGCGACGCGCUAUGCCUCCGAGGAGAUGCGUUUUAACUUCAGCGACCAAAAGAAGUUCAGCACGUGGCGUCAACUCUGGAUCUACUUGGCAAAGGCCGAGAUGGACUUGGGAUUGUCGAUAACCCAGGAGCAAAUUGCAGAGAUGGAACGUCACAAAGACGACAUAGACUUCAAAGCUGCUGCCAAGGAGGAAAAGGCGACGAGGCACGAUGUCAUGGCCCACGUCCACGUGUUUGGAGACCAGUGCCCCAAAGCCGCUCCGAUCAUCCAUCUCGGCGCGACCAGCUGCUACGUCGGCGACAAUACGGACCUGAUCGUUCUCCGGGAUGGCUUCGACAUCCUGUUGCCAAAACUCGCCGCGGUCAUCAAGCGUCUGGCUCAGUUCGCCCUGGACAAUCGCUCGAUCCCAACUCUCGGGUUCACGCACCUGCAGCCGGCUCAACUGACCACCGUUGGCAAGAGGGCGACGCUCUGGCUGCAGGAAUUGCUGAUGGACGAGCGAGCGAUCCGCCGAGCCAGGAACGACCUGCGCUUCCGUGGCGUCAAAGGCACCACCGGCACCCAGGCUUCCUUCCUACAGCUCUUCAAUGGGGACAGCGAAAAAGUCAAGCUGCUCGACCACGCGGUCACGCGGAUGGCGGGAUUCGAAAAGUACUACGCCGUCACCGGACAAACGUACACCAGAAAAGUCGAUCUGGAGUGCAUCAACGCCCUCGGUUCUUUGGGCGCUACGGUGCACAAGAUCUGUUCCGAUAUCCGAAUCCUCGCAAACAUGAAGGAGAUCGAAGAGCCUUUCGAAAGGACCCAAAUCGGUUCCUCGGCGAUGCCGUACAAACGAAAUCCGAUGCGCAGCGAGCGGUGCUGCAGCAUAGCUCGCCACCUCAUGACUCUCGUGAACAAUUGCUUGCAAACCGCGGCCAACCAGUGGAUGGAGCGUACCCUCGACGAUUCGGCGAAUCGGCGCAUCACCCUGGCCGAGGCUUACCUCUCGGCUGACGUUGUCCUCAUGACUCUGCAGAACAUCACCGAGGGCCUCGUGGUCUACCCCAAAGUCAUUGCUCGACACAUUGCUCAGGAGCUGCCGUUUAUGUCGGCCGAGAAUGUCAUCAUGGCCAUGGUUAAGGCUGGCGGCGACAGACAGGUGUGCCAUGAAAAAAUACGUGUGCUGUCUCACGAGGCGGGUGCCCAGGUCAAGCAGCACGGCAAGGACAACGAUCUCGUUGAUCGGAUCCGCAACGACAAGUACUUCGAGCCCAUCCUAGAUCGGUUGGAUUCUCUUCUAGAUCCGUCGACUUUUGUUGGCAGAGCACCAGAUCAGGUCAUCGAGUUUUUGAAGGAGGAGGUCUAUCCUGUUCUGGAGAAUUACAAGGGCCAGGAGGUCAAGCCCGUCGAGUUGAGCAUUUGAAUUUUGUAUUUAAAAAAAAAAAUACAAAUCCUUAGAGAUGCUAUUUUUUCACAAAUUUCUCCAAACACCCACGUGCCUUUGCUCAACUCGAUUUUUACGAAAUAUUUUUUUAAUCUGUAAGAUAUGUAAAUACUCAUUUUUCUUGUUACUGAUGUUCAAAGUUACAGUAAUUGUUGAUUGAAAAUUAAUAAAGAAUGGAGUUAAUUGA